AAGCCCAUGUUUUUCCCAUUUCCCACUUCGGAAAUGGGGUCCUUAGAUAGUUUGAUGAGAUCAUUCAUGAUUCAAGAAGUACCCUCUCUCCUUGCUUUACCUAUUCAUCAACCCCUAAUUGCAUCCAAAUCUUUAGGCUGAUCACCUUGACGUGGAAGUGACAUUCAAUGCAUUUGGACAUGAACAAAGAAAGAGGUUUCUACAGUCCAGAUUCAAGGAACCUACUUUUUUGCAUGCACCCAGUUGUUGUCCAAGGAGUUUAUCACCCAUAAAAGAACUCCCUUUCAUGGUUCGCUGUAAGUUCCGUUGUGAUGAAGUUGUGCAAAUUGCUUGUCAAUGUACGAACGGUGUACAUGCACUCCGAGCUCUAUGGAAUGAACUCCAGCUUUUAAAAAGAAUCUUCACUUUCGGGCUUGGAUAUUCGCAAUCUUACCAUUUGGGUGAUUUUUGAUUUGCACCAGGUGUAUAAGAUCGAGCUGGUUGAUGAAACACAUGGUCCGGAAAAGAUUCCUCUUACACUUUCGUGGAGAUCCAUGACAAGAUGAAACUGACGUGUAUGCAGGGAUAAGAAUGUGACUAAAUUGUUUUUAUUCAAUUAUAUUGGAAGUUGGAAUUAUCACGUCAAAAAGGUGGCUGAUGCACUAAGUUUGAUCUAGUGGUGGGAUUUACUAUUUAGCAAUAUUUUAGCUGCAUGCCAGAUUUAAUUUUUAAAAAUCAGAUUUCUAUAUUAAGCCCACCCCAAAGGUAUUCACUGCAUGUCUAGACUCUCAAGUCUCUACAGAUAGAUGCUAUUUGGGUUCCAGAAAAAUAGGAUUUGCUAUAGAAUUUGAGUUCUGGAGGUCUAAAAAGGGCAGUUGUGCGUGCUGAAAUUUUUAUUAUAUAAGGAGGGUAUUUGGGUUUAUGAAUGCUGCUCAGUUUAGUGUUUUGGAUUUGUGCUUUUUCUAGGCUGCGCUAGUAAAGGCUUAUAAACAAGUUCUGAACUAUUGGGUGGCUAGAUUUUUAUUGAAAUACCUUUGCAUCAGGUUUGUAAGGCAUAAAAGUAUUUCGGAAAUUCUUUAUUGCAUGUUGGUCAUUGAAUUUAGUACUGCAAGGCCUCGUUAAAAAUAUAAUCAGGUGGGUGGUGGUCUUUUCGCAUAAGUUUUGAGUGAUUUUUGAGUCAUAAUUAGCGAUGGAGGGAUCCAUACUGCCGCGCAAGAGGUCCUUUGAGGAUGGAGAUGGCGAAAUUUCAAAGAAGGCCCAUGCCAAGGCUGCGAAAACAAGCAUUGAUCCUGUUCAAGGACUAGCUAGUGCCCGCCAUGAAUUUGGGGAGCAUGGAGGUGUCAAUAUGUCCAUUGAAGCUUCUGCAACCUUCACAGUCAUGGAGCCUGAAACAAUGAAAAGAAUGUUCAGCGGGGAGCUUGGUCCAGAUAGAGAUUUCUUUAUAUACAGCAGGCAUUUCAACCCUACUGUGCUGAAUCUUGGGAGACAGAUGGCUGCUUUGGAGGGGACUGAAGCUGCCUAUUGCACUUCUAGUGGUAUGUCUGCUAUAUCCUCUGUUUUGUUACAGAUGAGCAGUCAUGGAGAUCACAUUGUAGCCUCUAGGUGUCUUUAUGGAGGUACCCAUGCACUUUUAGCACAUUUUUUCCCCAGGGCUUGUGGUGUGUCAACAACUUUUGUUGAUAUACACAAGCUUGACGAUGUUAAAAAUGCUAUUAAGCCAUCCACCAAGGUCUUGUAUUUUGAGUCCAUGUCAAACCCUACUCUGGCAGUGGCAGAUAUCCCAGCUUUAUCAGCCAUUGCACACGAAAGAAAUGUCAAGGUAGUUGUGGAUAACACUUUUGCCCCCAUGAUAUUGUCUCCUGCAAGAUUAGGUGCUGAUGUUGUUGUUCAUAGUCUUUCAAAAUAUAUUAGUGGGUGUGCAGACGUUAUAGCAGGAGCUGUAUGUGGGUCUGCGGAUUUGAUAAAUUCUAUGAUGGAUCUUCAUCAGGGAUCUCUUAUGCUUUUGGGACCCACCAUGAAUCCAAAGGUGGCAUUUGAGAUCUCUGAAAGGCUUCCCCACUUGGGAUUGAGAAUGAAGGAACAUUGUCAUAGGGCAUAUACGUAUGCCACAAGAAUGAAAACAUUGGGCCUUAGAGUCAUAUAUCCUGGCUUAGAAGACCACCCACAGUAUAAUCUUCUAAAAUCUAUGGUUAACCCGGGUUAUGGGUAUGGGGGAAUACUGUGUUUGGACAUGGUGACAGAAGAGAAGGCUAAUAAGUUGAUGCACCAACUGCAGAAUCAUACACAGUUUGGGCUCAUGGCAGUGAGCUUGGGGUACUAUGAUACCUUGAUGUCUUGCUCUGGUAGCAGCACUAGCAGUGAAAUGAGCAAGGAGGAGCAAGAUUUUGCAGGGAUUUCAGAAGGGCUGGUUAGAAUGUCUGUGGGUUAUACUGGCACUCUUGAGCAGAGAUGGAACCAAUUUGAGAGUGCGCUCAAUAGGAUGACCGACUAUGCUUUUUAAUGUCUACAGUUAAAAUCUUUAAGCUAUGUUAUUUUGUCACAGAUAUAAAGACUAAUACCAUAUCUAGGUGUGCUUUUCUCUAAACUUCUAGCACUGCGGUUUCUUCUUACGUGAAGCUCCUAUAAUGCUAAGUAUAGUUUGUAUAUAAUGCUAGUUUCUAAGUCUAGAAUUCAUGAUAAGGUGUGAGUACUUAUGAAGACAAGUAUGUCUAUGUAAUUUUUUUGUUAAUGGAUUCAAAUAAAACUUGUUUUGUUUCUUAA